CACUGAGGAUGUCCUACACAAAACUACCUUCAAUGCACAGACAUUUCACAAAUACUUGGCUAAAGUCGAAGUCUUUACACACAAACUUCAAAAAAGGCUUUAAAGAUCCAAUCUUUUUAAGCACCGAACACUCUUUAGCCACCCAACUUGAAUCAAUGUUGCAAAAACCAAGUACAAAACUUGAACAAGCAAAACAACUACAUGCCCAAUUCGUUGUUAGUGGAAUAAACAUCAUCAACAAUGGCUUGUUGGGUGGGAAAAUGUUGGGUAUGUAUGUGCUAUGUAAUAGUUUCGUGGAUGCUAAGAAGCUUUUUUAUCAGCUUGAGUUUUAUUAUGCCAUGCCUUGGAAUUGGAUGAUUAGAGGGUUAGUGAAAAUGGGUUGUUUUGAUUUUGCUUUGUUGUUUUAUUUCAAAAUGUUGGGUUGUGGUGUGUUUCCUGAUAAGUAUACUUUCCCUCCUGUGAUUAAGUGUUGCACUGGUUUGAAUAAUGUGAGAUUAGGGAAGGUGAUUCAAGAUAUGAUUUUGGAGAUGGGUUUUGAUUUGGAUAUGUUUGUUGCUAGUUCUUUGAUCAAGUUGUAUGCCGAUAAUGGCUGUAUAGAGGAUGCUAGGCGCUUUUUUGAUAAAAUGAUUGAUAAAGAUUGUGUUUUGUGGAAUGUGAUGAUUAACGGUUAUGUACAGUGUGGGGAGUCUGAUAGUGCUAUUAAGUUGUUUAAGGAUAUGAUGAGCUCUGAAGCUAAGCCUGAUUCCGUGACGUUUGCUUGUGUUCUUUCUAUCUCUUGCUCUGAGGCAAUGGUUGAGUAUGGUAGACAGCUUCAUGGGCUUGUUGUUCGUAGCGGGUUAGAUUUUGAUCCUCUGGUGGGGAAUACACUAGUGACUGUGUAUUCAAAAGGCAGGCAAUUGGGCGAUGCACGUAAAUUAUUUGAUAUGAUGCCUCAGAUUGAUUUGGUGGUUUGGAAUAGGAUGAUUGGUGGGUAUGUACAAAAUGGGUUUAUGGAUGAUGCUUCGAUGUUGUUUAAUGAGAUGAUAUCUGCCGGUAUUAAACCAGACUCCAUCACUUUUACUAGUUUCCUCCCAUCACUUGCUGAGUCAUCGAGUCUCAGGCAAAUUAAGGAAAUUCAUGGUUAUAUAGUGAGGCAUGGUGUGAUUUUGGAUGUGUACUUGAACAGUGCUCUUAUUGACUUGUACUUUAAAUGCAGGGAUGCCGUGAUGGCAUGCAAGAUGUUUACUCUAAGCACAAAAUUUGAUAUUGUUAUUUAUACGGCUAUGAUUUCAGGCUAUGUGCUUAAUGGUAUGAAUAAGGAUGCUUUAGAAAUCUUUAGGUGGUUACUUCAAAAGAAAAUGAUUCCAAAUGCUUUAACAUUUUCUAGUAUUUUGCCAGCAUGUGCUGGUUUGGCUGCUAUAAAAUUGGGGAGAGAAUUGCAUGGUUACAUCAUCAAGAAUGAGUUAGAAGAGAAAUGUCCCGUGGGAAGUGCAAUUAUGAACAUGUAUGCAAAAUGCGGAAGAUUGGAUCUUGCACACCUAAUUUUUGGAAGAAUUUCCAUAAAGGAUGCUAUUUGUUGGAACUCUAUAAUCACAAGUUUUUCCCAGGAUGGAAAACCAGAGGAGGCCAUUUAUCUUUUUCGUCAAAUGGGGAUGGAAGGAGUGAAGUAUGAUUGCGUGACUGUUUCAGCUGCUCUCUCUGCUUGUGCAAACAUUCCAGCGCUUCAUUAUGGGAAAGAGAUUCAUGGUUUCAUGAUUAAAGGUGCAUUUGAGUCUGACCUUUUUGAUAUGAGUGCACUGAUAAACAUGUAUGCCAAAUGUGGGAAACUAAAUAUUGCUCGCCUGGUGUUCAACUUGAUGCAAGAGAAGAAUGAAGUUGCAUGGAAUAGCAUCAUUGCUGCUUAUGGGUACCAUGGUUACCUUGCGGACUCUCUUGCUCUGUUUCAUAAUAUGUUGGAAGAAGGAAUUCAGCCAGAUCAUAUCACCUUUCUCACUAUAUUAUCUUCUUGCGGCCAUGCUGGACAGGUCGAGGAUGGAGUUCACUACUUCCGCUGCAUGACUGAGGAAUAUGGUAUCCCAGCUCAAAUGGAGCAUUAUGCUUGCAUGGCAGAUUUGUUUGGCCGGGCAGGCCAUUUGGAUGAAGCGUUUGAAGUCAUAACAAGCAUGCCAUUUCCACCUGCUGCCAGUGUUUGGGGCACGUUGCUGGGAGCCUGUCGAGUCCAUGGCAAUGUUGAACUUGCUGAAGUGGCUUCAAGAUAUCUACUUGACUUGGAACCAAAAAAUUCUGGUUACUAUUUAUUGCUUACUCAUGUACUCGCUGAUGCUGGAAAAUGGAGGAGUGUGCAUACGAUACAACAUUUGAUGAAAGAAAGAGGAGUCCAGAAAGUUCCUGGAUGCAGUUGGAUUGAGGUCAACAACACCACUUGUGUGUUUUUUGCUGCAGAUGGAAGUCACCCGGAAUCUCCUCAGAUCUAUUCUUUGCUGAAGAGUCUCCUCCUAGAGUUAAGAAAAGUUGGUUAUGUUCCUCAACCUGUAGCUUGUUUUGGAAAUGAUUGAAUCUUGAGAAUUGGACAUGGCACAAGAAAUUUUAAGAUAAAUGCAGGAAAUGGAGUGAUGAAACAGAUGCGAUCAUGAAAGAUAUUAGUGGCUCGAGCAUCCUCUCUGUCUCAUCUGAUUUUGAUCCAAACGAGUUGGCUUAUUCAGGAUGGGCUUCCUCUUGGGACACAUUUCCCCUUAUUUCUAGCAAUGGCUGCUAUGAAACAAGAUAUAGAUGACAUGUAUUGACCAAUUCUCGCACUCAACAUUAAGGUUGGUGUAUGUAUCCAUAUCUAUUAUGCUCAUGUAUGUGCAUUGCUUUGCUGUUUGACACCAUGUGCUACCAGUUUUCUGUUGGAGUGUAGUUGGAUGGGACAGUUUUAAUUUAUGACGCAACAUUCUCUUGCUGAGGAAACCUUAUUGGCGGCUCCCUGCUGAUCAUUGCCAUAUUCUUUUUCAGUGAGUUGCUCUCUGCUCACUCUUUCUUUUUCUGUCUAGCUCUCGCUUGCUUACUUAGCAAUCCCCAUGUCAAUUUUAGUGUCUUCUCCUUGUAACACCUUGAUUAUCCCCAUCCAAAUUUCACGGGACUGUGAACUUUCACUACUGUUUUAUUUGAACAGAUAUUAGAGCUCAUUAUCAACUAGAUCAGCAGUUUGGUGAUAACUCCUUUGAUCGAAAACAGGAUGAGUCCGGGUUACCAAAGAUUUAUCCAGAGCAAUUGGUACUCCACAGCCAUGGUGAACACUAUGCUAAGUUUGGCGUCCUACUUGAAUUUGGAACUGAGGUUAGGAUGAUCAAUAGCAUAGAUAUUAGAAGUCUGUUGAUAUACACAGAACUUUUGGAGUUGAUUUUGACGUCAUUGCUUUGGUGUGCAACAUAUAGAAGACUGCACAUGGAGAGAACGAUGAUAGUAGUUAAAAAUAUCAACGUGUCUAUGACUCCUCGACUUCAAGAAUGGUAUUUGCCAGAAAUUCUGUUUUAGAACUCUUAAGUGAGGGACCACUCUUGCAAUGCCUAGAGUGGCAAAGAAAACAAAAGGGCACAGUAAGCAACACAAAUACCUCAAUAAUCAAGUAAACUCCUUACAAGAAUGCCCUAUUCCUGUAUGUUCUUGUUGAUAAAUUCUCAUGCUCUUCUGUAGCCAGAAAAAAAUCCAUAGACUAACAAAGAUAAUUAGCAAGUGUCACAAAUCACACACCCAGGUCUGGUUUAUAUUCAGCAGUUUGAUGAUUACCAUCAUGGUUCAUAGGCAGUUCUCAAGGAUAAGAAGUUACUAAUAGAAACAUGACCAUAUCCUGAACUGGUAUUGAGACUAAAGUCCGUGGUGUACUUUAUUCUCUCCAUGACAUUCCUUGCCAUUCUGAAUUGAACUUGUGAAUUGUUUGUCCUUGAUAUACUCAUUAUGUAUAUGACAAAGAUGCAUGAUGUCUGCAAAAAUUCUUUUCGUAUCUGAUGAGCAGUGGUACUCCGUAGUAGUUGAUACAAAGACAUCCGGGGAUCAACAAUUCCCUUUAUUGCUAUAUAGCAUACAAAGUUGCAAUAAAAGAUAAGUAUUGCUAUUCUAAUCCCACCAUGCUUUGCUGCUUAAAGUGAGGACCAGAUCCUCUUUCUCUGAUUAUUUUAAGAACUAGGCCCCAUCUUUAAUGGACAUAAUCUCCAAAUCUUACCAGCAUAAUUUGCACCUUUCUGUCUUAAUUUGAUUCUGAUCUGGAGCAUAUAUUUUAAUGAACCAGCUGUCUGUGAUAGCAUUCUAGAUUUUUUUCCACAGGUGUGCCACACAGUGUGGCCACGCGCACAUACAAUUCAGGUAAGAAAACAUAUCCAUCUACAGGAGCCAACCCUUACUGCAUAGGAAUUUUGGGCAUUAAAGCAAAACUGCUGAGGUGAAGUUGGUACCUAAAAGAUCUUUCCAGGUCUAUCUUGUUUGUUUCAGGGUGGACAGCGUCUUAUUCCUUAAAAGAGUGCAUUUCCUUUUUUGUAUCUAUCUGUGUUUCAUGACCGAUGAUGGAAGUCAAGCUGUGUCUUUCUUGGCAGGACUGUUGUAAAUUCUAAGGGAGUUGGGAGUUCCUUGCAAUUCUUCUUUUCAUUGAAGAGAUUCUAUGGCUAGAAUUAAAUUCACAUCAUUGAAGCAAGCUUUGAAGAUUCAUCUGACCUGACAUGGAAAUUUGUAAAACACAAGAUUAUGUUAUUUGCAACAUGAUUUUAUCAAA